GCCCGCGAUCUAGGCUCGUCUUCGCUGGGAGGGUGGACUGGGUGCUGCAGCCCCAGAGGCCUGGGCGAUCCGGUAGGAUCCUUCGUGCGGGCGGUGGGGAACGUUCUUCGGACUAACCUCUGUGUCGCCGCUGCCCGGGCCGGCGCUAAUGAUGGACCGGGAGUCGGGAUGCGCGGCGACGGGAGAAACCGAGGCAGCGGCCGCCGCGGCGUUCGGAGACACAACACGACAGCUGAGUAACGAAAGAGGCUUUGAGAAUGUAGAACUGGGAGUCAUGGGGAAAAAGAAGAAAGUCCCAAGGAGGGUCAUCCACUUCGUCAGCGGAGAGACCAUGGAGGAGUACAGCACCGAUGAGGAUGAGGUCGACGGCCUGGACAAGAAAGAUGUGCUGCCCACUGUCGACCCGACAAAACUUCCCUGGGGCCCCUACUUCUGGUUUUACAUGCUGCGGGCCGCCACAUCAACCCUCUCAGUGUGUGACUUUCUUGGAGAGAAGAUUGCUUCAGUUUUGGGCAUCAGCACCCCAAAAUACCAGUAUGCCAUUGAUGAGUAUUACCGGAUGAAGAAGGAGGAAGAGGAGGAAGAAGAAGAAAACAGGAUGUCAGAGGAAGCAGAAAGACAAUACCAACAAAACAAGCAGCAGGCUGAUUCCAUGGUACAGACAGAUCAACCAGAGACAGUAGUGUCCAGUUCAUUUGUGAACAUUAAUUUUGAGAUGGAGGAAGACUGCGAAGCAAUUAAGGAAAACAAACAACAUCCAGUCUCUGUCCCACCAUAGGACGAAAUGACUGUACAUAAAGUGUUAAACCCUAAACUCCAAUCAGGAACUUUUUAUGUUUUUAGUGGGACGUAAACCAACUAUUUAUAUUUUAAAUUAUGAAGGGUAUGAAGGGUAAAUCUGUCUUCAUUCUUAUGCUGCAUCUGUUACAGUCAGAUCUGACGUUGGGAUGUUUUUGAGUUAAACUAGUGACCCCCCCUUCCCUACCCCUCCAUACUGAGGAGCAAACCCAGGGCUUCUUUCAUAUACACUCAAUAGCCUAGCGCUCUAUCAUCGGCCCAGUGCAUUGUGUUUUAAGACCAUCUUUUAUAAAACACGAGGACGUUUAGCCAAGCAUGGUGACACAGCCGUUAGCCGCAGCACUCGGGAGGCAGAGGCAGAGGGUCUCCGUGAGUUUGCCAGCCUGGUCUACACUGUGAGCUCCAGCCCAGCCGCAUGGUGACACCUGGUCUAACAACAGCAAAAAUUGAAGGCGUCCUACAUUCAGACGAGAGUUAAAUAAUUCACUAAGAUUUUUGGCUUGGGGGCAUUUGUUUUUUAAAGGUUAAGUAUUGAUUAAUCAUUAAUAAUUAACAGACUCAGUAUAAAGUGCCCCUAGAUUUUAUACGAGGAGGGCUCAGAAUGUGUAAUGAAAGGAGCAAGAUGGGAGCAUGGGCUCCCUUUCGUUGGGAAUGUUAUAUGGAAAGAUUGGGUCUUCAUGCUCUCAGUAAGCCAUCCCUGUGUUUUUCAGUAGUCAUUGAACGGAUAUGCUCUGAUCACAAAUCAACACUAGUUACUGAGUGGGUCUGUAGUUGUAGUCACGCGUUGACACCUUGUCAUUACCCACAUGGCAUCUUGGACGUGUCAGUUACUCAGCCUCUAUGGAUCACAGGCAGAGUAACCAACAGGCGUAAGCAAUGGAGAACAGUUUAUUCACCAUUUUGAAGUAGCAGUCCUAAGUCAGACAGCUGAUGUGAUGGUUUGGCCAUCUCUCUCCUUACUAGAUUAUUCCUUUACAAAUUAUAUAUGAACCUACUUUUAAGAAAUAUUCCUGAAUAUGUGUUCGGAACCUUGUAUCUGUAGAACUCUGAUUUAUAGCCAAAAGUAGAUAAAGAAAAAUGUGGGCAGUGUUGUAGAAAUCCUCAUCAUUCAAGCCUUCUCAUGGCUUGAAAAGGCUUUAGAAAUGAGUGGUUAUAAACCGUGACCCUCUCCAUCUUAAAUGUGCACUUAGACACGGCUAAGCGAACACACUGUAGAGACCUGCCAGAGGGCCUCAGCAAAUUCACCUCAAAGGUGACUUUCUGACUGAAUAAAAGUUUCAGUUGGGCUGACAUUUGUAAGGCUCAGCAAGUAUGGAGUCGUCCUGAGUUAGGAGCUGAUAAGCACCUUUGUGUGUAUAAACAUGGGACUUAGUCCUUAGGAUUUAUCUUUCCACUGUGUGAUUAAUGUCACUCUCAGUUACAGUUUACUAACACUCUGCCUCAGUUGAUAGCUGCUAAAAUAUGUUGGCCUGACUUCCUGCUCUUGACUGGUUUUUAACUUCUGAGACAGAGCUGCCACACAGACACUCGGUUAUGAGGUGAAGGUGGUCUACAGUUGACUGAGGCCUUCUCCCCUGAAGGUCAGCAUCUCAGAGCUAUGCUCAGGCCUGUGAUCACUGCAAGAGGGUGGCACCCUGCACGGCCUGAGCUUCCUGCAUUGACCUUUUUGCUGCUUGUUUGGCACUGGCUGGUGAGUGGUUUAGUUUUUUCACUGUGCCUUACAUUUUUAUACUUUGGUUUAUGCAAGCUAUAAAAAUUAACGAGUUAAUCAUUGUUUUAUUUUAAGCCUCCCUCACCUCUUCCUAUUCCUUAGAAUUAUUCUUAAUAAUUCCCUAGAAGAAUUAUUUUUUCCUCUGGAUCACAGUUCAUGACAUCCUAUUUUCUUCUGAUCUCACUUUUUAUAAACACUGACCACAGCCAGGAGUGGUAGUGUACUUCUGUACUCCCAGCACUAGGGAGGCUGAGGCAGGAGGAUCAUGAGUUGGAGGCUGGCCUAGACUACAUAUCAAGACCCUUAACAACAAACAAAAAGACAUAAAUACAUGAGUUAGUAUGCUGAAUUAGUAAAUUCUCUAGCAAAACCUUUAACAAAGUUAAUUUUGUAAAUGGUUAAUAAACCUAGACAAAAUCUCAUACAAUCUGAUGAGUUUAAUGAAACAAAAUAUUUGUUUGAAUACUUUCUUUGGAAAUACCAUAUUUAAAAAAACUUUGGAGGGCAAGACAACUCUGGGUACAAGUGCUUGAUGGGAAGCCUGAGAACCUGAAUUUGAUCUCCAGAACCCAUGCAGGGAAAGGAAAGAAUCACAAUGUCUACUGACCUCCAUGUGUGCUCUGGUAUACACACACAAGAAAUACAUCAAAAUUUAAAAAAAUAAUAAAAGGCAUAGUGGCACUCACCUUUAACCUCAGCACUUGGGAGGCAGAGGCAGAUGUCUCUUUUUAAGUUCAAGAUUAAAGGCCAACUGGGUCCACAUAGCAAGUUCCAGGCCAGUCAGGGCUACACAGUGAGACCAUGUCUCAAAACAAACAAACCAAAACAACAAAAGUCACAUCAAAAGCUUCUGAAUCCAGAAAUGAGGUGGUGCUACUCUGAUGAGAAGUCUACCGUCCCAAUGUUUGAAGGAACAGUGUAAUGCUAAACGAAUAAACUCAACGGCUAACU